AGCACAUUUACCAAUAUAAUUCUCUCUUUCUUCUGCUCUCUGUCUCUGCUCGCCCCACCACCACCACCACCUCCACUGCCACUGCUGCUUCUCUGACCCUCAAUUUCUUUGUACGAAUAUGAAGGACGAUGACUCGCCGACAGUUAUAUCAAUGCCUACAACCACCGCCACUGCCACAACUCUGAAGAAAGACACCUCUGAUGGUGCUCUUUUUGGUAAAACUCGAUACAAGUUCUGGGUCUUAGCUGCUAUUCUCCUUCUUGCAUUUUGGUCCAUGUUCACUGGCUCUGUUACUCUCAAAUGGUCCACCGGUAAUCUCUCCCGUCUCAACGAUGACCUCAACUCUCCAAUCCGUGAUGAUGAUCUCGACAUCCUUGAAGUGGAGGAGAAAGAGCAUUUGGUGAGGCAUAUGUGGGAUAUCUACACCCACAGCUCUAGUACUAAACUGCCUCGUUUUUGGCAAGAGGCUUUUGAAGCUGCUUAUGAAGCUUUGGCCAGUGAUGUUGCUGCCAUUAGAGAUGCUGCCGUCUCCGAGAUCGCCAAGCUCUCUCUUCGUUCCUUCAAUCCUGACCCGUUUCCCGUUCAACCUACACCAGACACUAGCAAUAGUAAUCCCAAGCUAUAAGGGGAAAGCAAGAAGCCUAGCCAACAACAGGUUCUUGUUUAUCCAGGACACUACCCCAUGCUAGAAGAGCAAAGCAAGUGGCCUUGCCGAUAACAGGAGUUCUUAUUUGUCUGUUAAGCAUGUUAAAAUUUGUUGUGCCUACUCAAAAGUUUCAAGGGUCGGUACAACAGAUUGGAGUCUUACAUCAUUUCAUUUCUUUCUUACACUGAUAUAAGAUCAGUUACAUAAUACGUCACCAUUUCCUGUCGUUUUUCUUGUAUAACAAUUAAUAUAUAUGAUGAAGGUGAUUGUACAAGUCUCCUCAUUUCGGAAAUUGAACUCUUUAUGUAAUGAUCAGGUUACAGAAACAAUAGUAGCAUUAUUUGACUCUCUA